UAUACAUAGUCCGAGAUGGAAUGUCGAUACAAAUUCACACGUGCGUGUGCGUGGAACGGGUUCGCGGGUUGGAAUGUUGGCCUCGUGGAUGGUCUAGUAAGAAGUAAGCGUAUCAAAAACUUCAUAAUGGCAACUGGUCAAGAUCGUCGUGUGGCCCUGAUCACAGGAAUUACCGGUCAGGAUGGCUCGUACCUCGCUGAGUUUCUGCUGGAAAAAAAUUACGAAGUGCAUGGGAUAAUCAGGCGUUCGAGCUCUUUCAAUACUUCCAGAAUUCAACACCUUUAUGCAAAUCCCCACAGCCAUCGUCAAGAAAAAAUGAUUUUGCAUUGGGGUGACAUGACGGAUUCCAGUAGUUUAGUUAAAGUUAUAAGCGCAGUACAACCAACCGAGAUUUAUAAUCUUGCUGCUCAAAGUCACGUCAAGGUGAGCUUCGAAUUGAGUGAAUAUACAGGCGAAGUUGAUGCGUUAGGAACAGUAAGACUGCUGGAUGCGAUAAGAACUUGUGGGCUUGAGAAAAAAUUACGUUUUUAUCAAGCUUCAACGUCUGAGCUUUAUGGGAAAGUCGUAGAAACUCCACAAACAGAAAAAACGCCGUUUUAUCCUCGCUCGCCUUAUGCUUGCGCCAAAAUAUACAGCUACUGGAUCGUCGUUAAUUACAGAGAAGCUUACGACAUGUUCGCUUGCAAUGGAAUCCUAUUCAAUCACGAGAGUCCAAGACGAGGUGAAAAUUUCGUGACACGAAAAAUAACCAGAACCAUUGCCAAAAUUCAUUUGGGUCUUCAGGAUGUUUUGGAACUCGGAAAUUUAAAUUCCAAACGAGACUGGGGUCAUGCCAGGGAUUAUGUUAAGGCAAUGUGGAUGAUGCUUCAGCAAGAAAAACCCGAAGAUUACGUUAUUGCAACUGGAGUGAGUCGCAGUGUCCGGGAGUUUGUUGAAGCAGGUUUCGCUUAUGUCGGACGUCAAAUUAAAUGGGAGGGCGAAGGGAUCGACGAAGUUGGCAAAGAUGCUGAAACGGAUAAAGUGCUUGUUCGUGUUAACCCAAUAUAUUUCCGUCCCUCUGAAGUGGGAUUUUUACUGGGUUCUUCGCAAAAGGCAAAAGACAAAUUUGGCUGGGAGCCAACAGUUACAUUCGAAGAGCUCGUCAAGGACAUGAUGGAUUCGGACAUUGAAUUGAUGAAGCGAAAUCCCACUGCGUAAUGACUAAUCAUAAACGAAACAAAGGAUUCAAUAUUACUCUUUCAAGAAUUUCAUAUACUUGAAAUUUCAUUGGGAGGCUUCCACGAGCAACAUUUCCAUCGUUUUUUGUAACUUUAAGUAUUUAGUAAAUUGAAUUUUCUCAAUAAAUGCACAGACUUUUAUUCAA